AUGAUAUCUUCAACAAUACAUCUGAGGAAGAGAGAAGCAGAGAACUCAGACUACCUCCUGAUCAAUGAAGAAGUUUUGAGAGAACUUCCAGGUGAUUGCCACACCUAUUAUAGUACAGAUAAAGUUUUGGCAGAUGAAACGGUUCUGAAUUUGAAUGGCUAUCCAGAGUACAGAAGACACAAUACUGGAGUCACAGCUGAGGCUGGGCAAUAUCCACUUGAAUUUCUAAACUCUUUGACACCACCAGAAAUGCCUCCUUAUAAAUUGAGUUUAAAACUCGGCUCAGUGGUAAUGCUUCUUCGUAACAUUUCUAUCCAGAAUGGACUCUGCAAUGUUACAAGACUGGAAAUGGUGACCAUGUACCAACAUUCAAUCGAGGCUUCCUUGAUUAGCGGCUCACUAAUUGGCAGAUGUGUUCUCAUCCCCAGAAUAAAGCUGGCUCCAAGUGACCCUAACUUGCCAUUCACCUUGGAGAGAACCCAGUUUCCUGUCCGUCUAUCAUAUGUCAUGGCUAUUAACAAGUCACAGGGGCAGUCAUUUGAGAAGGUGGGAUUGUUCUUACCCCAGCCAGUGUUCAGUCACGGGCAGGUGUAUGUGGCAGACUCUAGAGCUCGCAAACUCUCAGAUGUAAGUAUUAAGGUGAUGGAGACAGGCAGACAAGGAUGGAAAAGAGGGCGAACUGUUAUUAAGAACAUUGUCUGCUGA